UCUUUGGACAUGGCUUUUAGCACUUUCAUUAACUUCGUAAUAAAACAGCAGUAAUUUCACGCUGGUCCAGUAUAUUUUGUUGUUCACUCUUUUACCAGAAGCAAAGUUUUGUAACUGACGCUAAAAACUGAAGUAGGAGAAUAUUAUGUCUUGACAAAGAAACUGAAAUGGAGAUGCAGUCAAUUCCCGCGUCAUCAAGUCGCAUCCUCUACGACGUACCUUGCGCGGUAUGUCGGGACCACUCUUCGGGCAAGCACUACGGCGUGUUCGCUUGCGACGGCUGCGCAGGCUUCUUCAAACGCUCCGUACGACGGGACAGGCGAUACGCCUGCAAGGCCAGAAACCCUGGCCUCUGCCUGGUGGAUAAAGCCCAUAGGAACCAGUGCAGAGCUUGCCGACUGGCGAAGUGUAUUGAUGUGGGCAUGAAUAAGGAUGCGGUGCAGCACGAGCGCGGACCAAGGAACUCAACAAUCAGACGUCAGAUGGCCUUAUUCCUAAAGGAUCCGCUUCCAUCUUCGGACAUAUCCGCCCCAGUCCCGCCUAUAUUAGACUUAGCCGUGCCUAAGCACACGAUUCUCACGCCGCCGCCGAUGUCCUUGUUUCAUCCGUAUCACGCAUAUAGUAGACUGAGCUUGAUGACGUCACCUAUGACGCCAUGUUCCUUGAAGGCGCCUUCGCCUCCCCCAAUAACCGCCUCUCUGCUGAGUCCCGCAGACCCUGAAGCAUUGUGCGAGGCAGCAGCACGAUUACUCUUCAUGAACGUGAAAUGGACCAAAAGCGUACCCGCCUUUGGCUCCCUGUCCCUCUCUGACAGAUUAUUAUUAUUAGAGGAGUCCUGGAGAGACCUCUUCGUAAUCGGGUCGGCGCAGUUUCUCUAUCCUCUCGACUUGAAUAUACUGAAUGCAAAAAAUCCAAGAAUCGAUGCAAGUGAUGUUGAGGAAUUCCAGAAUAUUCUAAAGGAAUUGACCAGAAUGCAUCCAGACUCAAACGAGUAUGCGUGUCUACGGGCAAUAGCGCUGUUCCGGACCAGCCCGGUGGAGAAAAAUGUUACAGGCAGCCCGAAUCAGACGGAAGUCAAAAGGCUGCAGGAUUUGCCAGCCAUAGCUGCGUUACAAGAUCACUCACAAGUUGUACUGAAUGAGUACACUACUCGCAUGUAUCCGGUGGACUCUACACGUUCAAGUCGACUUCUUCACGUGCUUUCGACGAUAAGAAGAGUAUCAAGUAACACAAUAGUAGAACUGUUCUUUCGUACUACCAUUGGUGACAUACCAAUAGAAAGGAUAAUAAGUGAUAUGUACAGAUCGGGUAAAGACUCGUGACGAUUAAAUAAAUCUUAAUUUAUGUGAA